CGGCGGUGGUGGUGGAGAGCUGAUCGGUGAGAGCCGCCGCUGAUUGAUGGUGAACGGCGUUGUCGAGGUGGUGGAGCUGUUGCUUUAGUUUGAUUGAGGCGGAAUUCGUUUGCCUCAAAUAAUUGGCUCCGUAUGGCGUCGGUGUCAGCUGUGGGCCUUUCCUUGGAAGGCUCGCCUCAGCAGCUCAGUCCUCCUUCGCCCACAUCUGCAGGAGCUCAUCAGAUAUCUCAUCAGCACCAGCAAGAGGCGUUCGCUGCCAUGAACGCUUCUCAAGCAGCGUUAUUCGGAAGCCACCUGGCGCAACAAGGUCUGCUAGGAGGUCUGGGGGUCGGAAUGCCAAUGGGGAGUCCUGCAGCGUUUUUCCCCGCCGGGAUCGAUAUUGCAGCUCUACAACUGAGGCAGUACAACCUCCAGCAGCUGCAACAGGGCUUCAAUCCCGCGCAGUCUCCUCUGCUUAGCCCGUUUUUUGCUUCGAGAUUCUUCGCCCCGACUUCGCCUUCACCGCCAUCUGCGACGCCUCUGAAAAUUAAAAAAGAAGAUUCCGGAGGAGCCUUCCAGCCUGUCGUUAUCCAGCACGAUGACACACCAUCGCCAAAGUUUGCACGAAUGGAUUAUCUCUCCGCAAGCGCGAGUUCCGGACUUCCGGCGACUCCGUCGACCUUAUCGAGUCCUGGAUCGGAUUCGUUUGCGGCUGCUCAUCGGAGUCACCACAAGCUGAGUCAAGCGUCCUCGGGUUCUGAUAGUAUUUGUGGAAGCUCGAUGCUGCUGAAGGGUGAAUCAUCGUCCCAAUCGACCCCUGGUUUGGCUCAUUUCAAGAAAGGAUCGGUGAUUCGACUCGGCGAUGGGAAUCUUCGCACAGUAGAGCAAGUUACGACCGAUGAUUUGAUCAAGAGCGCCGAAGCCACACCGGGUGUUCGACUCGACUCCUCGAAAAUACUGCGAAUGGAAGCUGCCAGUCAGGCGCAUGCGGUGCUAAUUACGUUUGCGGUGACCUCUAGCAAACAAGAAGUUUCCGUCGAGACGCCUGUGGACCGACCUUUCUUUGUGUUCAACCGCGGUUGGAGUUCCUGCGAUCCCUCGAAAACCCUUCAGAAGCUCGGACUGCAGUGUCAUAAACUGCAGCCGGGCGACGUAUGCGUCACCCUUAGCAACGCUCGCUCAACGCAUGCCGAGGAAGACUCAGUGAAUGAUCUCAGGAGGUACCCCUCAGCCGUUCGUAGCAAUCGUAGAUGGUCGGCUCCAGAUCCUCCCACGAACGCGUCGCUAGCGGAGAACUAGGACGAGGCAAGAAAUCCCGCCAAAUUAUCGCAUAUCACCUUAACGAGAUACUUAAUCCUACUCUAGAUAGUUCAGUUGUGUUAUGGCGAAAUUCGCGAGAAUCCCAGUUUGCAUAGGCUGCAACGGCGGCGGAUCCGUAAUCUCCAUGAGCCGCGAUAUCCCAACUCUAAUCAAAAGUAUUCUCAAGACUGGUGGAAAGCAUUGUGCAAAGUGCCAUUCGGGGUGUCGUUCAGACUACAGAACGAUUGUGUGUUGUCCUGUUCUUCGACGAUGUAUUAGAACUCAAGUGUUUCGGAGUUUGUAUUUACCGACUACUUAAAAGUCAGAACGAAGCGGGACAGGGUGAAAAAUUUGUUCUGAAGAGGAGCUAUUUUUCUGAUUCCACGGAAGUUUUCCCUAAAUGAGGAAAGGAAGGAAACAAUACCUACAUGGUUGUAACUAUGUGGUCUCGCAUUAGGCACUCCAGAUGCGGUAUGUUGAGAAGCUCGAUUUUUUGUAAACUCGUUGAAAUGAAGCCCAUGAUCGUGUUGAUAUAUAAUCCCCAUUGUUGUGAUGAUGACUAUUGUUCGUAUUGACUCGAUUGAAUGAGGACCAUGCAAGUAUAUUUUGAACGACGUUGAAUAAGCAUGAAAUAGAUUCGAAUGAUGAUGAUAUUUUUUAUCAGAUAUACAUACAUACAAUCGAUACACACCUGCUGAUAUCAUAGCUUCAUAAUUACGGACGAAUAUGCAUACGUUCAAUCAUUCAUACCUGAUUGUGGAACUCCGUUGUGAAGAUCUCAUGAAUUCUGAUUAUCGAGCCAUAUAAAAUCAU